UUGCCAAAAGAGAGUCUUUACCGCCACAUUUGCUAUUUACACUAUUCAGUUCGCAGAUGUUCACAUCCGCGUCUAGAACACGACAUGUUGAGUUUUCAGUAGCGAAAAACGGGGAAAAUAAUGCAAAUUUGAACGUAAUACGGAAACAAACGAAAAAGCAAAAGGAAAAAUUAAAUAAAAUUAAAAAAGAGUACAAAAAAAGAGUUUGAUUUAUUAUUACUUUUUUAAAUAAAUAAGUAAAGCUGCUGCAUAUAAAAAAAAAUAUUAUUUAGAAAGAAAAAUAAGCAAAAAUAUUUACCAAAUAUUUAGACAUACAUAUUAAACAGUGGGAGAUUUUUAAAUGAGUUUUUAAAGCAGUGGAAAAAAGUGUAAAAGAAGUAUUUAAAAAAUUAUAAAAAUAUAAUUAUUUAGAAAAAAGCUAGAAUUAAUCAUUAAAUUCAUUCUAAUGAAAAAUUGUUUACUUUAAAGCUAUAAAUUAAGUAAUAAAAAAUAUAUUUAAAUUGUUGCUACAAUUCUUAGAAAAACAACAGGAUUUCAUUUGUGUAGAAGAUUAUUAAAAGUGAUACAUAAAUCCACAUUUUUUAAUGUAUAUAUGUGGUUUGUUUAAAAGGAAAAAUAAAUAAGAAUAAAGCCUUAAGUUAAAAUAAAAGCAAUAAAUUUAAAUAAAAAUAAAAAGUGCUUUAAAAAAUAAAAAAAAUAUAUAUUAAAAAGUGAAGGAAUAUAAGCAAAAAGUUUAGGAAUAUUUGUGUGUUUUCUUAAAAAAAAACUUAAAACAAACUAAAACCUAAGAAACAAAAAUGGGCAAGAAAAAUUCAAAAUUGAAGCAAGACACCAUUGAUCGCUUGACAACGGAUACAUACUUUACCGAAAAAGAAAUCAGACAAUGGCACAAAGGUUUUCUAAAAGACUGUCCGAAUGGUUUACUCACAGAACAAGGUUUUAUAAAAAUCUACAAACAGUUCUUUCCACAAGGAGAUCCUAGUAAAUUUGCCUCAUUAGUAUUUCGAGUAUUUGAUGAAAAUAAUGAUGGAGCGAUAGAAUUUGAGGAGUUCAUACGCGCAUUAUCGAUUACAUCAAGAGGAAAUUUAGAUGAAAAACUACAAUGGGCAUUUCGUCUGUAUGAUGUGGAUAAUGAUGGUUACAUAACGAGAGAAGAAAUGUAUAAUAUAGUUGAUGCUAUUUAUCAAAUGGUGGGUCAACAACCACAAACAGAUGAUGAGAAUACACCACAAAAACGAGUGGAUAAAAUAUUCGAUCAAAUGGAUAAAAAUCAUGAUGAUCGUUUGACAUUAGAAGAAUUUCGUGAGGGUAGUAAAGCUGAUCCACGUAUAGUACAGGCGUUAAGUUUAGGUGGUGAUUAACCAAAAGAGUCAUAGUUUAAUUCAAAGGUUAAUUAAACUUAAUAGAAGAAAAUAAAAACUUAAUAAAAAAUAACAACAAAUAACUGAAUAUAUUAAACCACAAACAAGCAAAACAAUAAAAAGCCAAAAACAAAAUUAGUAAAAAAAAAAACACAUACCAACAACAAAUCUAACAUUAUACAUAUAACACAUUAUACAUAUACACACACACAUCUAGUUGACAUACAUACACAUAUACUCGUUUAUACUUUGAAAACCUCAACGUAGAGAAGAGAUACAGAUUAAAAAAAAAUUGCCGUGUUUUAUAUAAAUAACCUUUAGACAAAAGUAAAAAAAAUAACAAAAAUAUAAAAGCAGUAGUAAAAGCUUAACAAAAAUUAACAAAGCAAAAAACCUAACAAAAAAAAAAUGAGAAAAAAUUUUUUGUUAUUCUGUACAUACAAAUGGAAAAAAUAAAGGAAAUAGGAAAAA